CCAACAAGAUGGCGCGGCCGGCGCGGGGAGCGCACGGAGCCCUGCGCUGCUCGCCCGGCCUCCUGCUGCUGUCGCUGCUGCUGCUUUGGCUGGAGACGGCCGUGGCCGGGACCCGUGCGCCCUGCGCCGCCGCCUGCAUUUGCGCGGGGGACUCGCUGGACUGCGGAGGGCGCGGGCUGAUCGCGCUGCCCGGGGACCUGCCCACCUGGACGCGGAGCUUAAACCUGAGUUACAACAAGAUUUCUGAGAUUGACCCUGCUGAUUUUGAAGACUUAACAAAUCUACAGGAAGUGUACCUCAAUAACAAUGAGCUGACAGCCAUACCAUCCCUGGGUGCUGCUUCGUCUCACGUCGUCUCUCUCUUUCUGCAACAUAAUAAGAUCCGCAGCGUGGAGGGGAGUCAGCUGAAGGCUUACCUGUCCUUGCAAGUGCUGGAUCUGAGUUCGAACAACAUCACAGAAAUCCGGAGCACCUGCUUUCCCCAGGGCCUGCCCCUCAGGGAGCUCAACCUGGCAAGCAACAGGAUCAGCACCCUGGAGUCGGGAGCGUUUGAUGGGCUGUCACGGUCGCUGCUCACGCUCAGGCUGAGCAAAAACAGGCUCACCCAGCUUCCUGUGAAAGCGUUCAAGUUACCCCGCUUGACACAACUGGACCUCAAUCGUAAUCGGAUCCGGCUCAUCGAAGGCCUGACGUUCCAGGGACUCGACAGCCUGGAGGUCCUGAAGCUGCAGCGUAACAACAUCAGCAAGCUGACCGAUGGGGCCUUCUGGGGGCUGUCCAGGAUGCAUGUGCUGCACCUGGAGUACAACAGCCUGACAGAAGUGAAUAGUGGCUCGCUCUACGGCCUCACAGCCCUGCACCAGCUCCAUCUCAGCAACAACUCCAUCUCCCGCAUCACCCGUGACGGCUGGAGCUUCUGCCAGAAGCUGCAUGAACUGAUUCUGUCUUUCAACAACCUCACCCGGCUGGACGAGGAGAGCCUGGCUGACCUGGGCAGCCUGACCAUCCUGCGGCUCAGCCACAACGCCAUCAGCCACAUUGCGGAAGGCGCCUUCAGGGGGCUCAGGAACCUGCGUGUCUUGGACCUGGACCAUAACGAGAUCUCAGGCACCAUCGAGGACACCAGUGGUGCGUUCACGGGGCUCGACAGCCUCAGCAAGCUGACACUGUCUGGCAACAAGAUCAAGUCCGUGGCUAAGAGGGCCUUCUCGGGGCUGGACAGCCUGGAGCACCUAAACCUUGGAGAGAAUGCAAUCAGAUCGAUCCAGUUCGAUGCCUUUGUGAAGAUGAAGAAUCUUAAAGAGCUCCACAUCAGCAGUGAUAGCUUCCUGUGUGACUGCCAGCUCACCUGGCUGCCCCCGUGGCUGGUGAGCAGGACUCUGCAGACCUCCGUGACUGCCACCUGUGCCCACCCCCAGUCCCUGAAGGGCCAGAGUAUCUUCUCCGUGCCGCCAGAGAGCUUCGUGUGCGAUGACUUUCCGAAGCCCCAGAUCAUCACCCAGCCGGAGACGACCAUGGCCGUGCUGGGCAAGGACAUCCGCCUCAUGUGCUCGGCAGCCAGCAGCAGCAGCUCACCCAUGACCUUCGCCUGGAAGAAGGACAACGAGGUGCUGGCCGAUGCAGACAUGGAGAACUUUGCACACGUGCGCGCGCAGAGCGGCGAGGUGAUGCAGUACACCACCAUCCUGCACCUCCGCCACGUCACGUUUGGGCACGAGGGCCGCUACCAGUGCGUCAUCACCAACCACUUCGGCUCCACGUACUCACACAAGGCCAAGCUCACCGUGAACGUGUUGCCAUCGUUCACCAAAAUGCCCCACGACAUCGCCAUCCGGACUGGCACCAUGGCCCGCCUUGAAUGUGCUGCCCGCGGCCACCCCAACCCCCAGAUUGCCUGGCAGAAGGACGGCGGCACGGACUUCCCCGCCGCCCGGGAGCGCCGCAUGCACGUCAUGCCCGACGACGAUGUGUUUUUCAUCACCGACGUGAAGAUCGACGACAUGGGGGUUUACAGCUGCACAGCACAGAACUCCGCCGGCUCCGUGUCUGCCAACGCGACCCUGACUGUGCUAGAAACCCCAUCCCUGGUGGUGCCCCUAGAGGACCGUGUGGUGUCGGUAGGAGAGACUGUGGCACUGCAGUGCAAAGCCACCGGCAGCCCGCCACCCCGCAUCACCUGGCUCAAGGGGGACCAGCCUCUGGGCCUCACAGAGCGGCACCACUUCACCCCUGGCAACCAGCUGCUCGUGGUGCAGAACGUGGCGGUGGAGGACGCAGGCAGGUACACGUGUGAGAUGUCCAACGCCCUGGGCACCGAGCGUGCACACAGCCAGCUCAGCGUGCUGGCCGCCACUGGCUGCAGGAAGGACGGGACCAGCGUGGGCAUCUUCACCAUCGCCGUGGUGUGCAGCAUCGUGCUGACCUCUCUGGUCUGGGUCUGCAUCAUCUAUCAGACCAGGAAGAAGAGCGAGGAGUACAGUGUCACCAACACAGAUGAAACCAUCGUGCCACCUGAUGUGCCAAGCUACCUCUCCUCUCAGGGGACCCUUUCUGACCGCCAGGAAACCGUGGUCAGGACUGAAGGUGGCCAUCAGGCCAACGGGCACGUCGAGAUCAACGGUGUGUGUCCGCGAGAUGCAGGCUUCUUUCCAGAAGUUGACGCUCGAGCUGUGGCCUGCCGGCAGCCAAAGCUGUGUGUGGGGUUCACUAAAGAGCCGUGGAGGAUGGCAGAGAGAGCAGACAGGACCCACAGUCCUCACAGAACAGAGCAGAGUGGCUCAGCCGUGUGCAGCGAUUGCAGUGGGGACGCCGACAUGUACCCCAGGGAGCAUGCCUUCCAUCUUCAGCCCGCAGCCAGAGAUGGGGCCCAGCCCAGCACGCCAGGCAGCCGGAACCCCAGCCGGGGGGACCGAGAGCACAUGCCCUGUCCCCCAGGUGGCACUGCUGAUGGGGCCUGUGCUGACUGCAGGGCUUCCCUCUACCCCAGUAACCACGACAGAAUGCUGACGUCCUUGAAGCCAGGAGCGCCUCUGGAUGGAAAAGGAGGUUCCUCUUGGACUCUAGCGAGGUUGUGCGAGCCGGACUCCCCAGGCUUCCAGGCUGCCCCGACACUCACGGCAGGCAGCCCUGAGUUCACAGAAGCCGCCCCAGGGGGCCCCAGUGAAGCCCAGCACUUGCUUCUUGCCAACGGGCACGUCCCCCAGGCCUGCGACUCCAGCCCCGAGUCCACGCCACUGACAGGACAGCAUCCAGGGAGCAGGGGCGUGCCACUGCUGUUUGCACCGGAAAUCUAG